AUGGAUGAACUUCAGGAUGUUCAACUCACAGAGAUCAAACCACUUCUAAAUGACAAGAAUGGUACACGAAACUUCCAGGACUUUGACUGUCAGGAACAUGAUAUAGAAACUCCUCAUGGUAUGGUCCACGUCACUAUUAGAGGCCUACCGAAGGGAAACAGACCAGUUAUUCUGACAUAUCAUGACAUUGGCCUCAAUCAUAAAUCCUGCUUCAAUGCAUUCUUUAACUUUGAAGAUAUGCAAGAGAUCACUCAGCACUUUGCUGUCUGUCAUGUGGAUGCCCCAGGUCAACAGGAAGGUGCACCCUCUUUCCCAACAGGGUACCAGUACCCCACAAUGGAUGAGCUAGCUGAAAUGCUUCCUUCUGUUCUUACCCACUUAAGUGUGAAAAGCAUCAUUGGGAUUGGAGUUGGAGCUGGAGCUUACAUCCUCAGCAAAUUUGCACUCAAUUAUCCAGAGCUUGUGGAAGGCCUUGUGCUCAUUAACGUUGACCCUUGUGCUAAAGGCUGGAUUGACUGGGCAGCUUCCAAAAUCUCAGGCUUGACAACCAAUGUUGUGGACAUUAUAUUGGCUCAUCACUUUGGUCAGGAAGAGUUACAGGCCAACCUGGACCUGAUUCAAACCUACAAACUGCAUAUUGCCCAAGAUAUCAACCAAGAAAACCUACAGCUCUUCCUGUGUUCUUAUAACGGACGCAGAGACCUGGAGAUUGAAAGACCCAUGCUGGGCCAAAAUGAUAACAAAUCAAAGACUUUAAAGUGUUCCACUUUAUUGGUGGUAGGGGACAAUUCACCCGCAGUUGAGGCUGUGGUUGAAUGCAAUUCUCGCCUGAAUCCUAUAAAUACAACUUUGCUAAAGAUGGCAGACUGUGGUGGACUGCCCCAAGUAGUUCAGCCCGGGAAGCUCACCGAGGCCUUCAAGUACUUUCUGCAGGGAAUGGGAUACAUACCAUCUGCCAGCAUGACCCGGCUCGUCCGAUCACGAACCCACUCAACCUCAAGUAGUAUCGGCUCUGGAGAAAGUGCCUUCAGCCGAUCUGUUACCAGCAAUCAGUCAGAUGGAACUCAAGAAUCCGCUGAGUCCCCUGAUGUUCUGGACAGACACCAGACCAUGGAGGUGUCCUGCUAA